AUGCGCCCUUAUCCAACAGGACAGGAGGAGCUUCCUCGUGAAAUUGAAAUUUAUAACUAUAGGCUUAGUCGAGCCAGACGAACUGUAGAAUGUGCAUUUGGCAUACUAGUUUCAAAAUGGAGAUGCUUAAAGACAGAGUUACAGGUCGAACCUCAUCAUGUUGACAAAUUGGUCAUGACUACUUGCUUAUUGCACAACAUUCUCAUAGAUAUAGAGGGAAUCAAUGAAGGUACAUUGCAAAAAAUCAACUCAACCAAUACUGCAAAAGAUGCAAGACCGACAAGCAGGGGACCAAGAUGCUUCAAUAGAGCAGGAAGAGAUGCUUACUACUACGACCAAUUUAAAACAUAUUUCAACACAGCAGGGGCGACAGAUUUUCAGGACAAUGAAAUAGACGCAUAUGUUCACUAA